CUUUGUGCCGACGAUCAGCAAAAAACGCGAAAUGGAAUUGAAUGAAAAGAAGAAACGACAGAAAAACCAAACGAAGACACUACAGAAUGUGAAAAUCAUUUAAUGUUCGUAGAAUUUGCCCGUUAAACGGCAGUCAGAUGACGAACUCCAUAACGAUCGUACACUAGAAAUACACCACACAAAAAAAAAAACGAGCGAAGCGAUACGAUUUCCGUCAAAGGAAGCUAACGGGGUUUCCGUUUGUAACGGAUAAAAAUUUUUUGAAACGCAUUUCAUAUAUAAGAGAAGAAAAUAAAGGAAAAUAGAAAUUUUACAAUAAUAAUAAAAUAAGAAAAGAAAUAUAGAAAUUAAAACUGCAAAUAAAGUGCACUCAAAAAAUUUUUAAAAUUCUUGUGAAAAUAGUUUUAAGCAAAAAGUGUCUUAUUUAAAAAAAAAAACGAAAAAAAAUAAAAGUGUGAUAUUAUAAAAAAAUAAAACCAGCACCAAUUGUGUUAAUAAGCAUUUUCUCGCUUAACAGCAGCCGCAACAUCCGCUAAGUUAGCGAGGAAUAAGAGCAGGUGUACGACCACAUCAACGUAUCCUAAUGAUACGUCAUUACUGAAUAACUGCCAUAACGCCCCAUCCAAUUCAUCAAAUAACGACGGCACCACGAUGAUGUCACCAAAGCGUAUGAUUUUAUUAUUAAUAUUCUAUAUCUCAUAUCUGAUGUUUGGCGCCAGUAUAUACUAUCACAUUGAGCAUGGCUUGGAGUACCAUAGACGAGCGGAAGAGCUCAAGGAACGUAUUGCAAUAAAUGAAUAUAUUCUAGAAAAUUUGGAUGAUAAAAAUGUUACAGUUCAAAAUGAAGUCUUGGAACGCAUUUCGGAUUAUUGCGGCAAACCGGUUACCGAUUAUCGCAGCGAUGAAUAUGAAAUACCCUAUACGUGGACUUUUUAUCAUUCGUUUUUCUUUGCCUUCACUGUGUGUUCUACAGUGGGUUAUGGCAAUAUAUCACCCACCACCACACUGGGCCGUAUGAUAAUGAUAGUGUACUCGGUAAUCGGUAUACCCAUAAAUGGUAUCCUAUUUGCGGGAUUGGGAGAAUAUUUUGGCAAAACGUUUCAAUCGAUUUAUGCACGUUACAAAAAGUACAAAAUGAGCCGUGAUGUUCAUUAUGUGCCACCGCAAUUGGGUUUAAUUACCACAGUUGUGAUAGCUUUGGUACCGGGCAUAACGCUGUUUCUGCUCAUACCAUCUUGGGUGUUCUCCUACUUUGAAGAUUGGCCAUAUUCAUUGGCAUUUUAUUAUUCCUAUGUGACCACAACCACCAUUGGAUUUGGUGAUUAUGUGCCCACAUUUCAGCCACAACAGCCCAGAGAAUUUGGCGGCUGGUUUGUGGUUUAUCAGAUAUUCAUUAUUGUCUGGUUCAUAUUCUCCUUGGGUUAUUUGUUGAUGAUAAUGACUUUCAUUACAAGAGGCUUACAAAGCAAGAAAUUAGCUCGCCUGGAGCAGCAACUAUCAACGAAUAUUAAAGCCACUCAACAUCGUAUCUGGAGUGGUGUCACCAAAGAUGUGGGCUAUUUGCGUAGGAUAUUGAAUGAAUUGUAUAUUCUGAAGUUUAAGCCGGUGUACACGGAGCCAGCCGAAUACGAUUAUUCUCUAUAUCGUUCGCUUUCUUGCCCAGAGCUAACCAUGUACAGAGUUGAUCCUAUACCAGUGCCAAGUCGCAAACGUGCAUUCUCCGAAUGUUAUGGCGUUGUAGAGGCUCGUGAUGACAACACUCUGUUUACAGUACAUGCUUCCUCCGAUACCGAAUUGAAUAAAAUCGAUCGGCAGAAAUCAUUUGAAAGUGCUGAAGCUUUCAGACAGACCACCGGUUUAUUGGCAAAAGUGGUCAGUGCCUUGGCUACGGUACAGCCACCUCAAGAUGAAGAUACCACUUUGGGAACCGCCAGCAUGUAUGGUGGUUAUCAUGGCUUUUCCGACUCACAGAUAUUGGCCAGCGAAUGGUCAUUUCCGGGUGUUAAUGAAAUACCAAAGCCCAGAGGCAGAGCUUGUUCUGACUUUAAUUUGGAUCCUAAAUGGAAAUCGAAUGUUGCUCGCCGUUCCACAAUGGGUGGCCAUAAUGAAUGGACUUGGAGUGGUGAUAAUGAACAAAUCCAAGAGGCUAUUAACAUACGCUGUCGUCAAAUGGACCGUGAGCGUGAGAAUAUAUACCGCAGCAGUUUGGGACUACCCACUCUGGAUCAUGUUGUGAAUGUGGAUGAAGAGGAGUUGAAUAGGAAGCCUGCCGCUCAAGCAAACAGGCCAAAGAAAUUCUCUAUACCCGAUGGAUUCAGACGCUUGUUUCCCUUUAAAAAGCGUUCAUCACAAGUUGACUGGCCCAAUGAAGAUGGCGAAAAAGGCGACAAACGCAAAUUUUCUGUUGCCAGUGUACCCGAGGCUAUACAGCACCAAACACCUUCGCUGGAUUACUAUAGCACAGUAACAGCCAAUGCCAGCCCCUCUUAUUUCCGCAAUGGCAAACCUGUGCAGACUUCCAACGGCAGUCUUAAUACUCGUCUUUCCUCAUCAGGCUUGAACAACAUCAACGAAAAUCCACGCAUGGAUAUAGCUCAGUUGGCUGACACUAACACAAGUUCAAUAACUACCAACACUUCGUAUCAGAGAAAUCCUCAAGCUCAAGGAGCCCGCAAGAGAAGAGAUUCAGUAUUCGCCCAAAAUCUAGCCAUUUCCAAUCGCAGAGCAAGCAUGUUUCCCCCCAGCACUGCUGCUGCGGCCCUUAACCAAAGACGUGGUAGUGCAUUUAAUCCCGAACGAAGGGGCAGCAAUGCAUCCGUCGCUGGUUUCAAUCCACCACCCAGAAGGGGAAGUCUAUUUCCGAUGGCCUCUAAUGCUAAUCGUAGGCCUAGUGUUUUGUCUUCAGCUUCCCAAGAAGAUAUGGAAGUUUUGGAAAAUACCACUUUGGCUGAUUUGAUAAGAGCUUUGGAAGUGGUGCACACCCAGGCAGUACUGGGCGAGCAAGCUGAAGCUUCAGCUCAAGCCAACAAGGCUGGCAAUAGUGGCCUUUCCAAUUUAUUCCGUUCCGAUAAAAAGAAACGAAAAGUUGGUAGUGCUGGUCUAGACCCGCCACAGCUAUCGCCCAUAUUAUCGCUAUUUGGCAACGAUGCCAGGGCAAUGAACACAGCAGCUGCCAACCGUUUGUAUGCACGAAGAUCCACAGUAGUUGGAACCUUGCCCCAGACCGCACAACAACUCAAUCAAAUUUCCAUUACUCCCAGUAAUGCCAGCAGCAUAUUAAGCCGACGCCGUCUAUCGACAAUGCAAAUGAAGGAUCCACCACCCAGCUACUCGGAAACUGAUUCUCAAAUGUCGGUAGGCAGCGUUAACUCAGCUCAAUCAAAAUUCAAACGCCGUUUUAGUGUAAGACCUACAGCAUUACAAAUUCCUCCAGGUAUGGCACCGCCACCCGGAGUCAAUGUUAACACAGUAGUUCCGCCGGGAUCACCAACAUCCUCGCAGACGCUUUUACAGCGCCGUUUAUCACUCCGACCAUCGCCCUUGGCCCAGCCAACCAUAACAGCCACAACACCUGAUGGCUCAACCAUCAGUCCCACACCUUCGACCAGCAGCACAGCGCGUCUGCUGCCACUUGCGGCUCGUGCUUCUAAUACCAGUACUCACUCACCAUUAUCACGCAUAGCGCAAAUAUCACAAGCUCAACGCAAAUCCAGUAUGCCCGACGGUUUCGGCUCUCCCAAGACGGACAAACAAUAAGUCGGUUUUUCUUUUCAUUUCAUUUUACUUUUAACAAAGAAGCGUCGAACGUUGUUCUAAAACUAGUUGGUUAGUUUAGCAGUUUAAGACCUAAUCAAUGCAAACGGUAUAUGUCAUUACAUUUCUGAGAUGUCCAACAGAGUGCAAGGUCAGUUGAAGAAUCCAGAAUUGCCAGAGAACACUUGACAUUAUGCAUUGCUGGCAGAAAUAUGAAUCCAGUUAUUGAAAUCGUAUCGUAGCGCUAUGUUCUUUAUACAUUCCAGGCAAAUCAUAAAUUUGCUGGCACACCGGCAACUUAUUGCAUUUAGGCCUAUUAUUAUCAUUGUAUUAAAAUCAUUGAGCUGGAUGACACUCAAGUUGGUUCUCAAUGAUUUAAGAAAAAGUUAUGUGCAAGUCUUAUAUAUGAUUGUUGUUAAUGUAAAUGUUUUCCUCAAUAUUGCCAAAUAUUUUUAAAAAGCCAAUAAUGUUUAGUAGUUGUACAAAAACAUACACAUAUUAUUAUACAUAGUAUUUAUUAUAAAAAAUCGAGCAGAUAUGAACAAAUUUUUA